AUGAGUGGGAUGGGUGGGAACAUCCGCUGUGAUCAGAGUGAUCAGGCACAGAAUGUGUGGACAGUCAUGCCCGCUCUGAAAGUUGGGGCAUUCAGUGGUGUCUCUGGCCUCAUAUUUGGCGGGAUUACGGGCGUCUUACGCUCACCGAACCCGGCGAUCCAUUCAAUCGCAGCUGGUAUCCAUUGGUUUGCCUUUGGAACCUCGUCAUGGUGGCUUCGGAGUAAUCUCCUCAGAGUUCAAUUUAACGACAAACCAACAGCAGGGCAACGCGCGUUUGCAAGCUCAGUUUCUAGCGGGUUAUCAGGAGGAGCAAUUGCGUUUUCUAUCCACCGACGAUUUAUGCCUGGAGCGGUGAUAUUUGGAAUAGCAGGCUUCCUCGGACAGAAGUCAUAUGAUGUCAUUGAUAGAUGGCAAUUAUCAAGGGAUCGAACUGCACCUCAGAAACCCUUGGUCCAGCGUAUGUUGGAGUCCAAAUGGAUGCUCUUGAGACCGUUACCGGAUGAGGAGUAUAUAGAGAUGCUGAACGAGAAACUGCUGGCUGUUGAUGCAGAGAUUGCGGUUAUUGAUGACAAGAUCGCCGCCUUGAGGACUCAGGAGGCUGGAUGCAUCGUGAGAUGA